UCCUUGAUUUGAAGGGCCAGCCGCUAUUGUCAAUAAAUCUCCAUUCCAACAGUGUCCCUCUUCAAUGACGGUUUUAAGCGAGGCUCCGAUAUCGUCCAAUCUGCCUUCGUUUGUUCUCGUCCAAACUUCUUCCCUUCCACAACUCGAACCGUCUCGGGGUCAACAAUGCCAUCAACCACCUGAUUUGCCUUCAUGUCCUUUGUUUGUCUCUGUCCAUUAAUUGGAUGCUAAUUUGUCAACAAGGGAUUGAAGUUCAAGCUCCAGCAGACUCUCAGUGGUCUUCCUCUUCGGUGUCACAUUUGACCAACUUCUUCAGGCAACGCGAAUUCUCUUUGUCGUCUCAACUAGGAUCACCCCUCUCUCGUUUUCUUUCUCCGCUUUCGACAGAAUGAAACGUCUCGGAAUCUAUUGGCUGCUCCAGACACUCGUUGUCUCUGCUCUCCACACCAACAUACUCGAGCCCAGGGGCCACACGCAGACCGUUCCGUCCAAACCAUUUUCAGGAAAUGUCAAUGCCAAUACCAUCUCAAAGCAUGGUAACCUGGACGGUCCUCAGCUAUCAGCGGUAAACGACUCCUCUUACGAAUGGUGGUACUUUGAUGCCGUAUCCACCGAUCGUUUGUCCUCCAUCACCAUCGUCUUCUACACAGCCCUGGCGUCCGGAUUCGGCUUCAUCGAUCCAACCCCUGAUGUUACAGUCGUUGGAAUAGACUUCUUGUUUCCGAAUGGGACCACAAACUCUAUUAUGCUGAAAGCCGACGAGGCUGUCAUCACAACAGUUGGUCAAGGGGCUUCUGCUGUUUUCGAAAAUGCUGGUGCUAAAUGGACCGGUACAUUUGAUCUGUCUUCAUAUGCAGUAGAGAUCGACGCUCCAGAGUCGGGCGUCGUGGGGACUUUUCACUUGAAAUCUUUGGCUCCUGCUCACUAUGCAUGCGGCAAAGCACAGGCCGGGCAGCGGAUGAUGGUGGCGCCAAACGUUGGCUGGUCAAAUGCUAUACCCGAUGCCGCUGGAGAAGUUGAUUUCGAAGUGAAUGGCGAGAAAUUUCAGUUUAACGGAAGUGCAUACCAUGACCACAAUUGGGGAGCCCACCCUUUCCAGGAUGCUAUCAUCUUCGAGCACUGGGGCCGUGGCCGUUUGGGAAACUAUUCAAUAGUUUGGUCCACCGUCUCUUCUGCUCCCGACGGUAGAGGCUACAGAACCAUAUAUGUCGCAACCAACGGGCAUAUCCUCACAGCAAGUUGUAGCGACAAGUCUUUCAGCCUGGCCCCAUUAUACACAAACAGAACGGCGUCCUCCAAGGGAACGCUUGCUGGAUAUGCGCUUGAGGUGAAGCUGGACUCGGGGGAUGCCCUGAGCAUCCAGGUGCAUAUUCAACAGGUCGCUGUGGAUGCCGCUCCAGUGUAUGUGCGGUGGAUUGGCAGCGUGAUUGGACAGCUGAAUGGCGGAGAAGUAAUCAGAGAUGGGGUAGCAUUGUUCGAAGAGUUCGAUCUCUCUGGUUUGCAAUGAAGUGGGGCGUAUGAUUAAGUUGCUGAAUAGCGGAGAAAUGACUGGCUUUGUUGGAGGUAUUCGCCCUGUCGCGGUUGUACCGAGGUUUGAUUAAGGUUAAACCACCUUGCUUAAAAUUUGAGUGCAAGAACUCAUUUCUGCCGUGUGUUUCAACCCCCGCAAAGAAAAAACACGAGACUUGAC